AUUCUUCUAACAAGUUCAUUGAACGUUUCUUCAUUAGUGGUGGGGUUUUAAGCCAAUUUCAAAGUCCAUGACAAUGGGCUGAGAUAUGGCUGAUCGCUUGGAUGAUCUAAUCUGUACUUUUCACCCUGGGGCUGGCGCAAUGGAAACACUUGCAAUACUCUUACUUGGUUGGAUUAUUUUUGGUACAAUUCUGACAAUUGUAGGGAAGUUUGUGUACUCCAGAUUACUAUUAGAUCCCCCUAAGGAGACCCAUGCAUUAAACUCUACAAUUCCCCCAUUGUCUGCUGCAGUAGUUUCAGCACCAGUUGAGAAACCCAACAUUAGCAAUACCGAGCGUUUCAUCAAUACUCUCAAAUCGCAUCCUCCCCCUGCUCUUCCAAAACUUGUUAGAUCCAAGAGCGUUUCGAAAUCCGAAGCCGAUCAACACCCAGAUGUGCCCUCAGUAACAGGUUCUAACUCAGAUUGUGUCAAAUGGGUCACCAGCUGCCUAAGCUUUGUGUACACAAGGCCUCAGGUUUUGAGUGAUUUGAACACAUCAUGGAAAGAAUCAAUCAAUAAUCAUACCAAGCAGUCUGAAAUUGAAACUGGAGUCUCAGUGGAAAUUCAACAGAUUUUGUUUCUAGAUGAUCUUCUCCCACGAUUGAACAAUGUAUUUUGCGAGCUAACUCCAAAUGAACGAGCUACAAUCACCGGUGAUUUUGAAGCACGUUUUAAUAUUCUAGUCCGAGCUAAACGUGAACAACGUGAUCAUCAAACCAUAUCCGACUACCGCCUUCAUGUUGAGCGACUUCGUGGUCGUUUAAACGCCUCAUCUGAUUUCCGUGAUGGAUCCGUUGCAAUCAAAUUUGACGGCUGGCCAGACGUUAGGGUAUCGAUAAUUAAGGACGAAACGAUUACAAGUAUCAGCAACGAUGAGCAGCUCGUUCAGGACAUCAUUAUUGAAAUGGUGACAGCCGCUCUGCGUGCCGCCACCAAUCAAUUGCAUACGUCCCGAUAUCCUGAUACACCGCGAUUCGUGCCCAGUAUAAAUCCAUCUGAGCCCAUUCUUCCAGUCCACUACGAUAGCAUGUUGGAGACUAGACUACGGCGCUCUUCAAAAGACAAAAAACUAUUGGUGAAAAUAGUUAAAGCUAAUAACCUUGGUUCCCAAAAAGGUGUCCACCAGCUGUACAGUAUAAUAGAAAUGGAUGACCCUCCGCAACGUCAUCAAACGACCAUAAAGCAGGGCACAGAAAAUCCAUUCUGGGACGAAAAUUUCCUAUUUGAUCUGGGUCCUAAUACGGAAGAAAUCAUGUUUGAGCUUUAUGAUCGUGACAAAAAUCGCAACACUUUCCUAGGACUUGGAAUUGUUGGCAUGGAAGAAUUGCUGAUGAAUCCUAGCCAACGUCAGAUCAUCCCACUUCAGUCGCGACCUUACGAGAAUGAUUCUGUGUCUGGAACACUAACAGUCGAGUUUCUUUUCAUUGAUGGGAUGGAUGUACCUAACAAUCUACCUUCAGCCGUUGCCACUUCAGCCACCAAAAUGACUUCAUCUAUGGAUGCCGAGAGCCGUCUAGUACGAAGAGAUUCUUACAAUCGUGCAACGCAGCGACAUUCGGAUAUGAUUGUCUUCAACGAACUCAAUGAUAAACCGACCUCGGCGACAACUACAUCGAAACACCUGGAAGCGAGACGACCAAGCCCUCGUCGAGGAUUGAAUCCCCUUGUUGGAUCAAGAGAAGCACCUUUUACGGAAGGCACGGAAGCUUUUAAGGACAACUACUAUUCAGAUAACCAAUAUGCACCGAUGAUGGGAAGCGUUGCUUCAUCGCUUAGCUCAAAAGAUGAAGAUCGCAAUCGCGGCCGUUCACGAAGGCGAUCUUUCUUCCGGACUUUGAAAGAACGCUUGAGUCGUUCCAAAAACAGAUCGAGAUCUGUAGACCCUGGAACACCAGGACGAGAAGAUUCACUUAACCGAGAUGAUCCACUUGUUCGAUCCGUUUCGGCUGAUCGGGCCCGAUCCGGCCAACUACUUGCUGUUCCUGGCCUUGGCGGGGAAAUUGAUUCAGCGCGGUCUAGCUUGAGCGAAGUAUCAGCUAUAAGUAAUGCGUCAACAAGAACUUACCUUGACGAAGCAUCAACUCUUGUCUUGGAAUCAACAGAUAAUGGGGUUAAAAAGCACUACUUAAUCCCCAUGGCUUUAGCUGAAAAACGAAAGUGGAAGAAGAAAGGCGUGAAAUUACAUAUCUUUAGCGACCACGUCUUUAUUGCAAAACAUCUUACAGGCGGAACUGUAUGUCAAGUGUGCGAAGCGCCGUUGGCAAGGCGUCCUGGAAAACAAGGCUACGAAUGCCGCGACUGUCUGUUGCGUUGUCAUAAACCUUGCCACGUCAAAGUGGAAUCUUUGUGCCCCAAUUCUACAGUCCAUUUUAUGGAAUUGGAAUACGUCGAGGACACACCGGGGGUGCCUGAACGAAAACUCCGGCGCAAUUAAACAUCGCAAUGUGUUACCCUAUCUAUAAGAAGGAUGGGGACAUUUUCCCCCAAUUGGACAGAACUUUUUGCCGUUCAUACAUGGUAGAUGUAUGACGGCCCUAUUAGCCUAUUAGAAAGCUUUUGAAUACGUUUUCAUGUCCUGAAUGUUUGCUGUCAUUUUUAAAGCUCACCUUAACCUCAAAAUAAGAUCCUUAACAUUAUGUUGGGGUUGAUAUCUUUCAACCUCUUUUAAAUCUUCAUUAAAAUCAUUCAUUACUAAUAAAUCGCCAUGUCUGUUCCUGUAAACUUGCUGCGUGCUAUCGUAAUUUAAAAAAAUCUCAUCCCUGGUCCGUCGGCUUGCUACAUGGAGUAUACGAUGUCGAUAGCACUUCCUCCAGGUUGGUUAGAAUAUCAACGAACUGGACAGUGUGACAACGAGAAACUAAGUCAAUACAUCCAUAGGUGGAAAACUCCACAGGAAA